UAAAGAGAAGCAAAAGAGUUGCGACACAAGUAAAAAACAGAGCUAGUUGGCCAAAAGACCUAUUACUAGUUGUGGUAAUUAGACAUUAUAUAGAGUGUCCACCGCCAGGAAUAAGUACACUAACAGCUAAAUUGAUUAGCAAAUUAGUUACUAAAACUGAGCAAAAUAAUAGUGUGAACUCUGAAAAUAAAUCAAGCUGGAAACGUUAUACGCCAAACAUAACUGAUAAGACUUGUAUAUCAAUUAAUGAUCGAAUUAUCGUGUUAUGUCUUAAACUUAAUUGGAUAAACGGCAUGUAA